UCACUUGAACGAUGCGCAUGCGCAGUCUCCAUUCGCACCAGCGCUGUGUCUCCUUGCAUUACCAGCGGACAUCAUUUGCUGCUGGGGCGUCAGUAUCGUAAGCCGUCCUCCAUGGCUCAGUUCGGGGGACAGAAGAACCCUCCAUGGGCGGCCCAGUUUGCGGCCACCGCGGUGUCUCAGCCUGGACAUUCUGCACAGUCCAUUGACUUGAACAGUUUACACUCUUUAGGUGUUCAGCAGCCGUCUCUUUUAGGUGCUUCCCCCUCUAUGUACUCCCAGCAGUCUGCCUUGGCUGCAGCGUCUCUUAACACGCAGUCCGCUGCCAAUUACCAGAUUUCCCAGCAGACCGCGGCUCUCCAACAGCAGGCAGCCGCAGCUGCCGCAGCUGCACUACAGCAGUCUCAGAUUAAUUCAGCCCUGCAGCAGUACCAGCAGCAACAGCAGCAGCAGCAGCAGCCACCUCAAGCUCCCCCGCCACAGCCACCUCCUCAACAGACACUCUACAAUGUCCCACAUCAGCUUCCACAGCCUCAGCCUGCUCUGCUUUCACAGCCCCCUGUUGCUUUGCCGACCAGUAUGAGUUUGUCGAACCCACAGCAGACGGCACAGAUCACAGUAUCGUACCCGACCCCCCGGUCCAGCCAUCAGCAGCAGACUCAGCCACAAAAACAGCGUGUAUUCACUGGGGUUGUCAACAAGCUGCACGAUACAUUUGGGUUUGUGGAUGAAGAUGUCUUCUUCCAGCUUAGUGCUGUGAAGGGAAAAACACCCCAAGUGGGUGACCGUGUUCUGGUGGAGGCCGUCUAUAAUCCCAACAUGCCCUUCAAAUGGAACGCCCAGCGCAUACAGACUUUACCUCAGUUACCCAACCAAACGGCGGCCCAGCCCUUACCUCAGGUUUCCCCACAGCUGUCCAGCUUUUACUCUGACGCAGGAGUACAGCGCUACACUGACAUACACACAGCGGUGGAUUCAAGACCAAAUAGCCAGCCCCCUGCUCCGAACAUGAUGAAGCCAGGCCCUUCCAUGAUUCAGUCUCUACCUCCACCUACCACGUUCAGUGUGCCGGCACAGGGUCCCCCUCCCUCCCUGCUCCAAGCUCAGCUUUCAGCAGCUUCUCUUGCUCCGUUGCUCCAGAAUCCUCCCCAACCUCUUCUUCCUCAGCCACCGCCAAAAGAUUCAGUCUUUUCAGGGGGGUUGCUUCAACCUCCAGUGCGGAUGAUGCCCCAGCCUCAGCCUGUGAGACGCAUAGACCCCUCUCCUCGCUUUCCCAGCCGCAGCGAUCGACCAGAACUCAUUCUGAGGAAAGAAGACAGAAGUCGGGAGAGAGACAGAGAGCGGAGGCGAUCCAGAGAGCGUUCCCCAGCACGCAAGCGUUCAAGGGACCGUUCACCCCGAAGAGAUCGUUCUCCUAGACGUCCACGCAGAGUUGUGCCACGAUAUACCGUACAGUUCUCCAAGUUCUCCUUGGAUGGAUAUAAUUGUGACAUCAUGGAGCUUCGACGAAGGUAUCAGAGUCUUUACAUCCCAAGUGACUUCUUUGAUGCUGUAUUCACCUGGGUGGAUGCCUUCCCCUUAUCACGACCAUUUACUUUUGGGAACUACUGUAACUUCCACAUCAUGCAUAAAGAAGUAGACUCUUUAGUGAAGAACACAGCUGUACUGGACCCUCCUGAUGCCAAUCAUACCUACAGUGCUAAGGUGAUGCUGCUUGCAAACCCAAGUCUGGAUGAACUAUAUCACAAAUCUUGUGCCUUGGCUGAUGAUCCUCAAGAACUGAGGGACUCUUUCCAGCACCCAGCCCGCCUCAUAAAGUUCUUGGUUGGGAUGAGGGGCAAAGAUGAGGCCAUGGCGAUUGGUGGCCACUGGUCUCCAUCCCUGGAUGGAGCCGACCCAGAGAACGAUCCCUCAGUCCUUAUAAAAACAGCAAUACGUUGUUGUAAGGCUCUGACAGGCAUUGAUCUGAGUUUGUGUACCCAGUGGUAUCGUUUUGCAGAGAUUCGCUAUCACCGCCCUGAGGAGACUCACAAAGGGCGGACAGUUCCCGCACAUGUGGAGACAGUGGUUUUAUUUCUCCCGGAUGUUUGGCAUUGUCUUCCUACCCGCUCAGAGUGGGAAGGACUGUCCCGCGGACUCAAGGAGCAGCUGGCAGAGAAACUCUUGGCUGAACGGAAGGAGGCUGAUGGAGAACAGGAGGAAGAGGACAAAGAUGAAGAUGAUUCAAAAGAGGUUACUACCCCCACUCACUGGUCUAAACUCGAUCCGAAGUCUAUGAAGGUGAACGAUCUACGUAAGGAAUUGGAAAACCGUUCUCUGAGCUCUAAAGGACUAAAGUCCCAGCUGAUAGCACGGCUCACGAAGCAGCUGAAAGUGGAGGAGCAAGUGGAGGAGUCUAAAGAGCCUGAGAAAGCUGAGCCUACCAGUGUGGAGGAAGAAGAGCCCUGCAGAACGGAGGAAGAUCGUGAGGAAGAGGAACGUAAGCGACAAGAGGAGUUGGAGCGUCAGCGUAGAGAAAGACGUUAUGUUCUUCCAGAUGAACCCACAAUCAUUGUUCACCCAAACUGGGCAGCCAAGAACGGCAAAUUUGACUGCAGCAUCAUGUCUCUGAGUGUGCUGUUGGACUACAGGCUGGAGGAUAAUAAAGAGCACUCCUUUGAGGUCUCAUUGUUUGCUGAACUUUUCAAUGAAAUGCUUCAGCGAGAUUUUGGCCACAGGAUCUACAAAGCUCUUAUUGCCCUCCCAAAUAAGGAUGAGAAAAAAGAAAAGAAAGAGAAGUCAAGGAAAGAUGCAGAUAGGAAAGAGGUUGACAGGAGGGAUAUAAAGAAGGAAAAGGAGGACGAGAAUGCUGAGCCAGUCUCAAAAAGAUCAAGAGAUGAUGAGGAUAAGAGGAGGGAUGAAGACAAGGAGAGGACGUUGAAGAAAGAAGAAUCCAAAGAUGAUGAUGAUAAUGAAGAUGAAAGCAGCAAUAACAAUGCUGAUGAGUAUGAUCCGAUGGAGGCUGAGGACGCUGAUGAAUAUGACGAUGAAGACAAAGAUGACGACGAUUCCAACGGGAGGGAUAGGAGGGAUGACCGCCGCGAUGACAGAAAAUCAAGGGAUAGAUCAUCUAAAGAUAAGGAUGACAAAAAGAAGCAGAUGGUCACAUAUGACAAAGAUCUCCUGAUGGCUUUUGUGUACUUUGACCAAAGCCACUGUGGCUACUUACUGGAGAAAGAUCUGGAGGAAAUUAUGUACACAUUGGGUUUGCAUCUCUCAAGAGCUCAGGUGAAGAAACUGUUGAGCAAGCCGUUAGUAAAGGAGUGCUGCUACUACAGAAAGCUAACGGACCGAGCCAAAGAUGAACCCAGCCCAGUCGUGACUGCUGACUCUCAACUCGAAAACUCCUUGGGGAACAGACCUCUGCUGCCCAGUCAGAAGACAAAACGUGAGACAGAGGACAGUGACUCAGGCAGCCUUAUCGUUUAUAAUGGAGCUAUGGUAGAUGUGGGCAGCAUGCUACAGAAACUGGACAAGAGUGAGAAAGCCAGAGAGGAGAUUGAACAGAAACUCAUUCAGCAGGACAGUAAAAUGGAGGAAGACGCCAAACACAUAUCAGAAAUGGAGUCAACUAACCGCAGUCUGAUGAGAGACCUGGAGCAGGUGAAAUCCAGCCUGAAAGAUACAGAAAAGAACCUCAGAGCAUGUGAACAGCAGAAGAGCAGCUACCGGGAGCAGCUUCGUAGGACUCUGCUAAGCCUUAGCACAGUAAUGAAGGACCUGCAGAGCAUCGUACCUAAUGAUGAACAUCCUGAAGAUGGUGACCAGAAAACUCGGACUAAUGGCUCAGAUGACUGAACUACCUUUUGUGUGUGCGUCUCUGACCUGUUAACAUGUUUAAACCUGUAAAUAAGCACUGAGCUCAAUUAAUUGGAAGUUGUUGGGUUUUUUGUACAAAUUUUAAAGACAGAGGAGGUCAUGCUAGUUUAGUUUUCUCCACAUCAGUUUUUUUUUUCUGACUUUAUACAUAAUUUAUGUUGUUUAAUUCAGUAAAAGGCUUAUCAAGUUCAUUUGUGAUAUUUAAUUCUUGUUCUAAUAUGAUGAGUGUCAUUGAUUUCAGAAUUCUAGUAAAACUUUUUUUUCCCCA